GGAAUGAGACAGUGGAAUGGGAUGUCUGGCAAUCGAAUAAAAGGGGAGGGAGGAGUGAUUUCGCGCGUUGAACGGAUACCGAAUAAUUUCGAAGAGAUUCGCGAGCCACAGCGUCGUCUCGAAUAAUCGGACAAAGAUCAUUAAGCAGGCGAAUCCGUCCAUCAAAGCCUGACGAGAUGUCCGUUAUGGGAAAGCCAAUACUCUACUCCUAUUGGCGGAGUUCUUGUUCGUGGAGAGUGCGAAUUGCAUUGAAUUUAAAAGAAAUUCCAUAUGAUAUAAAACCAGUUAGCUUGAUAAAAGGUGGUGGAGAACAACAUUCUAAUGAAUUUCGUGAGAUUAAUCCAAUGGAGCAGGUACCUGCACUUCAUAUUGACAAUCACACAUUAAUAGAAUCUUUAAAUAUCUUACAAUACUUAGAAGAAACCAGACCACAUCGACCUUUAAUGCCUGCAGAUCCAGUAAAAAGAGCACGUGUCAGAGAAAUUUGUGAAGUUAUUGCUAGUGGUAUUCAACCAUUACAAAAUUUAGUUGUGUUGAUUUAUGUUGGAGAAGAACGUAAAAAGGAAUGGGCACAACAUUGGAUUACUAGAGGUUUAACAGCUGUAGAAAAAUUAUUGUCAUCAAGUGCAGGAAAAUAUUGUGUGGGUGAUGAAAUCACAUUAGCAGAUUGUUGCUUAAUACCGCAGAUAUUUAAUGCAAGAAGGUUUCUUGUAGAUUUACGACCUUUUCCAACAAUUUUAAGGGUAGACCGUCAUUUAGAAAAUCAUCCAGCUUUUACUGCUGCUCAUCCAAAUAAUCAGCCUGAUUGCCCUCCAGAGGCAACCAAGUAGCAAGCAAGGCAGACCACUCUCUUCCUCUUUUAAUUUAUUGGAAGCAGGAAGAGAAGUGGUCUAAUAUGGUGUAGUUCUAUAGUGGCAAAAGGUGAUGCAACUUUACUUUCAAAAAAGUUACUAAUAUAUAAUUAUAACAAAACAAGAUGAUAAUAUGUAUAUUAAUUCUUUUUUUAUAAUUAUACAUUGUAUAUUAAUGUAUUGAAAUUAUUAUUCAUUUUGUAGAAACAUUUGUCAUAUAUUUUAUAUAAAUAUUUAUUUUUUUUUUUCUUUUUUAUACUAUACACAUAUUUUUGUAUUACACCUUUUAUCACUUAUGAACUACGUUUAAGUAUUGAAAUGGUAAACAGUGUAAAAUAGAAUAUUGAAUUCUAUAAUAACUUUUAGUUGUUUAUCAAAAUCAAAUUGCAUGAUAUGCUAUCUAUUUCAGGUAAAAAACACUGUUCCAUUUCUGUACUUAUUCAGAGGAUAAAAAUGUUGGCCUUUUUAAUUUUGUUAUAUUUUUUCAUUAAUUUUUAUAUAUAAAAAAUCAAAAUUAACAAAAUUCUUCUUCGUACGAUACUUACAAUAUUAUUUUGUAAAAUGUACUGACCUAUUAUAAAUAGGUUCUGUUGUCUGAAAUCAAAAGUUUACUUUUUAUACACUUUUAAUGAUAUAAUUUUUCAAUUAUUUUUAGCUUGCUUAGAUUAAGGAAAAGUGUUGCUAUUAAAUAAUAUUAAAUAUAACUUGAAAUUCUUUACCGAGUAUAAAGUAGCAGAUUUAACAUCGCAAACACACAUACUCACACAUUGAAUAAAUAGAAGAGGAAACGUGUAAUAAGGGAAUGCAAUCUGCUCAAACUCCGUAAUAAUAUCGAGAAAUAAAAAGUACAAAUCAAA